CCCCUGCCCAUUGCGCCUGCGCAAGGCGAGGCGGGCGGCAGAAAAGCGCGCAGUCACGACAGGCGGGAGGGGGAGCGGCGUUUGCGGGCGGUUGGAAAGCCCGCGAAAUGCUCUCGGCCGGCGAGGCCGGGCGAGAGCGCUCAGACUAGCGGAAGAGGCGGUGCCCGUCAUUUGGGCCCCGCCCUCUUCCAUGCCAGUGCCUAUGCUCCAGUCUGCUCUCCUGUCCGCCUUUUUUUCCCGCCUUUGUCAGAGAGGUACUCUUGUUCCUGUUGGUUAGUGCCUCCGGCUUCGCCAGACCCAAUCCCGUCACUCUAGACUCCCAGAACGCCUUCGCGGCGUUUCAUUCUACGUCAGCGUUUUGCUAGAUCACUGCCCUCUAACCCCCAGGGGCUGUGUGAGUAGUAGCAAGACCUCUGAGGGGCGCGUGCGCGUGCGCUUCACGAGCCGUCUGGACUACUACUCCCAGCAGGCGCCGCGGCCCUGGUCAGCUGACCUGUCUCGUGACCUGCAGUGAGUCAGGCCCGGCGGGCGGGGCCGCGAGGCUGCUCAGCCUGCCCUUGCCCCUAAUACCCCCGCGGGCCCCUCAACCUGCAGCGGUGACAUUCUUGGCUCUCUUCCGGUGUAGGGCUCUUCCCUACUCGGAUCGUAUCCCAGGAAUGUCCUAACUGGGCCCGUUGGGGGAACUUCGCCCCGCGCCUGGGAUUGCGAUCCAAGAACUGGAAGUUGACAGCUUGGCUCCCGUGCUCCCGGAUCUGCCUUCUGCUUUCGCCGUCUCCACCGUUUCACCGGGGUUGUCAGUGGGCUCGCCGGGAGGAGACUUGACAGUCCUGGGCCGCUGCUGACCUCCGGCAGAGCGAAGCCAAAAUGUCCCCGGAAUCCAAAAAGCUUUUCAACAUUAUUAUUUUAGGAGUUGCCUUUAUGUUUAUGUUCACCGCCUUUCAAACUUGUGGAAAUGUGGCGCAAACUGUCAUCAGGAGCUUAAAUAGCACAGAUUUUCACGGCAGUGAAUAUACCAGUGCCAUUGUGGGCCCUCAACUCUCCAUGUUUGCCAGUGGUUUAUUUUACAGCAUGUACAUUGCCGUUUUUAUCCAGCCUUUCUCCUGGUCCUUCUACACGGCGUCUGUUUUCAUUGGAAUUGCAGCUGCCGUACUUUGGACAGCACAAGGAAACUGCCUGACAAUAAAUUCAGACGAGCACACUAUUGGGAGAAACAGUGGAAUUUUCUGGGCACUCUUACAGUCUAGCUUGUUCUUUGGAAACCUCUACAUAUAUUUUGCCUGGCAUGGGAAAACCCACAUAUCAGAGAGUGACCGAAGAACAGUGUUUAUUGCCCUAACAGUGAUUAGCCUUGUGGGGACAGUUCUGUUUUUUCUCAUUCGGAAACCAGAUCCUGAAAAUGUCCUUGGAGAGGAUGAAUCUUCUGAUGACCAAGACCUGGAAGUCAACGAGUCUGCCCAGAGCAAUAUGACAAAGGCAAUAGAUGCGUUUAAAAAGUCCCUUGAGCUGUGUGUCACCAAAGAGAUGCUCCUUCUUAGUGUCACAACUGCUUACACAGGUCUGGAAUUGACUUUCUUCUCUACUAUAUAUGGAACUUGUAUUGGUGCUAUAAAUAAAUUUGGAACAGAAGAGAACAGCCUCAUUGGACUUUCUGGCAUUUUCACCGGCAUUGGAGAAAUUUUAGGUGGAAGCCUUUUUGGCCUGCUGAGCAAGAAUAAUCGUUUUGGCCGAAAUCCAGUGGUGCUAUUGGGCAUUCUGGUCCACUUUAUAGCUUUUUAUUUAAUAUUUCUCAACAUGCCUGGAGAUGCCCCUAUCGCGCCAGUGGGGGGAACUAACCGCAGCGCGUACAUCAGGCCCAGCAAAGAAGUUGCCAUUCUCUGCAGCUUUCUGUUGGGACUGGGAGACAGUUGCUUUAAUACCCAGCUGCUGAGCAUCCUGGGCUUUCUGUAUUCCGAAGACAGUGCGCCAGCCUUUACCAUCUUUAAAUUUGUCCAGUCCAUCUGCGCAGCCGUGGCCGCCUUCUACAGCAACUACCUUCUCCUUCACUGGCAACUCCUGAUCAUGGUGCUAUUCGGGUUUUUGGGAACGCUGUCCUUCUUCACCGUGGAAUGGGAUGCCGCUGCCAUCGUGGCCCGGGGCUCUGACUACCGGAGCAUCUGAGGGCACUGUGAGGUGCUGAGACCAUGGCCGGGCGGGCGGCUGGCACAUCCUGGCCUGUGGUCGACAUCCGCCAACGUGGACCAGCUGGGACUGUGAAGUCAGCCGGAGUGGGUACUGAGGUUUACGGAGAUUUGAAAUGAGUGGGAUAAGGGAAAUCUAUCGUGUCAAUCAUAAUUGUGCAAAGAUGUUUUUCAGUGGUCUGUUCCCUGUAAUAAUGUUAUAGGAUGUAACCUACCCAACCCCAAGAUCCUGCCUGGAUUCUAAAUUCCAGGUGUGUCACAUAGGAACUCCUGGGUAUGGAUUAUGUUUUACUGUAUAGUAAUAGGAAACAUACAUCACUCCACGUUAUCUGGGAAUGCCAUUCAAACUGAGGCAUGCUGAAAAGCAAUCAGAAUUUUGGAAAGGUUUUUUUUCUCUCUAAAUGUUUAUCUUCAAUGAGUUUUCUUACUUAGCUGUUCAUAGCAACCAGUGACUAAUGAGUUGCAUUAUAAAAUGAGGUGAAGUUGUCUCGGGUCUUAAAAAAUGACUAGUAUGCUGGGUAUGGUGGCACACACCUGUAAUCCUAGCACUCAGGAGGCUGAGGCAGGAAGAUCACUGUGAAU